AUGGUAUCCGUAAGCGAGCCUAAUGUAAAAAGCUUGUGUGGAGAAUUCGAGACCAAUCUCCAAAAUACUCUUUCCCCCGAAUCGCAAGCUCGUGUAGAUGGGGUUUUAAAUAAUUUCUUGUCACUAAAUAACGAUGAAAAGCUUGUGUGUCUCUUGAAAAUUAUGACGGAUUCCGCUGUCGCUGGUCAAUCCAGUCUUUUUGACGAUGACAGUGGUGCUGAAAGUAAUACCGCCGGGACUUUCAGUGUAUCCACUUUCCAAGUUUCAAAUCAAGUGGAACAGGGUUACGCUUUUACCUGGAUCAAGUCUCAUUUGGAAGAAGACUCAACCACUUGUUUGCGAAAGGAUGAAGUUUAUGAAGAUUACAAGAAUUAUUGUGAACAGCAACGUAUGAAGCCUCUCAAUACUGCUGAUUUUGGUAAAGUCAUGAAACGAGCUUUUCCUAAUGUGCGCCCACGCCGGUUAGGUCAAAGAGGUCAAUCUAGGUACUGCUAUGGUGGAAUGCGCAAGAAAAGGGAUACUCAAGCGCCUCUCCUACCCGACCUAACUCUCGAGCUCUCCAAUUCCUCAAAUAGUGAUCCUUAUCGUAGUGGUCCGCCUUCAACAACUUCAAUUGACGAUCAGGAAGUGCGGGCUGCUCUCGGUGUGGAAGGGUCCACGAUAAUCGAUGCGAUUCGUAUUGUUACUGAGUACGCUCAAACAGUCGUUGGUGGGGAAUUUUCUUCCCUCCUUCAGCUGGCUCUUCACCUAAUCAGAAAUCGAUUUGUCAAUGGUCAUUCAACUCAUGCCCUCUCCCUUAUUUCCUACAAUCAACAACAACAACUUAAACGGAUCAAUCCUACUUCUUCUACAGCGACAAAUCCGACGUCCCAAAGUCUUUCAAACAUUAUUACACCCGACAUAGCUUCUACUUUUGCACUUCGUGAAGCCAUUGAAAAGAGCUUAUACAAGUCAAAUGGUGCUGCUACUGGAGAUAAUCCCUCAAAUUCUUAUGGCAAGAAGUCUUCGGCUCAAUCUUCUCCCCUUGUACCUAAUAAACCCCCUGUUGUAAAGAAAGAAGCCACUGAUUCAAAUGUAGAUACUAAUUCACCCGCAGCUCGUUCUGGCAGCAUUGGAAGUUUGGGCGGUUCUUCUUCUGUUCCCUCACAACCUUCUCCAACUAUUACCUCUCAACCAUCUUCAAAUGUACCAUCCUAUCAUAGUGCAGCUCAAACUGCUGGUAACACCCAGGCCCCUUUGCCUACUGGGGGGUAUCAACAACAGAGUGUACAUUAUCCUUUCCCUUUUUCUCCGUUUACACCUCCCGCUAGAGCUGGUGUCUAUCCGAACACACCAUCUUACUCCCAUCGACAGAUUUAUGGGUCGGGUGAAAGACGGGCAAGCUUUGCCGAAGAUACUUCUCCCUAUGCUAAUGUAUAUGGCCUUUCUGUUCCUCCAUCCACCCCUUCCCAUUACGGUAAUCGAAGUUUAAAUUCCUCCUACGCGCCUCCCAUUGUUCCACCUGCUGCCGCAGCUGCAACGAGCGCUUUCAACUCCUCAAAUCCACUGGAUACAAGUCAGUCAUUCGGUCAUGGCUCCACAUCUGCUUCUUCCAUAGCCCAUCAACAAUCAACUCAACAAUUGACCCGUAUCGAGCCUCCAGCUCCAGCGCCCCAACAACCUCCUCCAGGCACUGGGCGAUCUCCUUAUGCCUAUCAAGUUCCCACAAAACCACAAACUGUAGCCAACUUACCUGGUACCUCUGAGCCUAUUGUACGUUCUCUCUACUUAUGUGUGAUUGUCCUCAUUCGGGGUACUAAGAGGGGGAGGGGGUGUGUGAACUUGUGUUCCAAUUCCCAUAUAACAAUCUCCCACACCAUGCCAUAG